CGUCGUAAAGUAGCGUGUUCCACUCCAGUCAUGGCGGCCUCGAGGCAGCCCGUGGGCAGCGGGGCUCUGGAGAGUUGCGGUCUGAACCUGAUUGUGGACGCGUUGAAGCUGCUGCUGAGCCCGGGAGGAUCAGGCUCAAGUUCCCUACAGAUCACAAAGCAUGAUGUGUUGUUAGCCACUUUGAAGUCCAACCUGUCUGCUUUCGAGGACAAGCUCCUGAAGGACCCUGAGUGGGGGAGAUUGGCUCUCCUCAGAGAAGAGGUGGCUGGCCAGGCCGAGUGGCCACAGAACUCUGAGGACGUCACCUGGCGCUUCACCGCGGAAGCCUUGCUGUUGCUGCUAUGCUUGAAGAAAACUAUGUUUCGCCUGGCGGCUGACUUCAGUCCAGGGAAAGCCAACCCUAAGACUCCGGAAGUUGCUCCCACCCUGAGCCCCGACACGCUCAGCAUUUCGCAGCAGAAGACAGUCCAGUCGGCUCUGCAGUUUGUUGUCACCCUGGGCGUCUGCCCCUACCUUCUGCCUGGUGUCGGGGUCCCUCUGAGGUGCAGGACCGAGUUUGGCGCCGUGGUGCAGGAUGUGGUGUGCCCCGAGGUCGCCCCGCCUGCUCUCCGGAGGCUGCACGCCAGCUGCAGGGGCCUCCUGGAGGUGGCAGGGCACGCUGCGCUCGGCAGCCUCGUCUUCUGCCGCCAUUUUGGAGACAUUGCAGCAGGCCUGUGCCAGCUGGGGUUCUGCCCGAGCGAAAGGAAACCACUGACACCUUCUGAAGAGGUUUUAACUGAAGAGGAGAGAACCCUCUCCAGGGCUGCCUUGAGGGACAUCUUGGACCAAGUGUAUCAACCGCUCGCAGUCCGGGAAUUACUCAUCCUGCAGGGGGGACCCCCCCAGACCUGCACGGACGGGAAGACGCAGCCCAGGACACGGGCCCCCGCGUGGCUGCGGCGUCUCUGCGGACAGCUGCUCUCCGAAAGGCUGCUGCGGCCCAGCGGCGUGCAGGCGGUGGUCCGGGGCAUCCUAGAGGGAGCAGGCGCUGGAGCAGCCGGAGGGAGUGACGCUGAGGCAACUGCCGCGGACUGGAAGAAGUGUGACCUGAUUGCAAAGAUUUUGGCCUCUUGUCCCCAGCAGUCUCUUUCCCCAGAGAGUUACUACAGGGACAUCUGCCCCCAGAUUCUGGACUUAUUUCACUUUCAAGAUAAGUUGACGGCACGACAGUUUCAGAGAGUUGCCACCACGACCUUUUUAACCAUGUCGAGAGAAUGCCCUCAACUGGCAGCAAAACACCUGCUCCGGCCGAUGUUGGCGCCUCUUCACCGAUGUGUGAAUAUAGCAGAGAUUCCAGAGAGUGAUAUGAUACCAGGGACCAUUUUGGUAACAGAAGAAGAACUUAGUAGAUGUAUUGAAGAUGUGUUUAAGGUGUACGUGGUCGGAAAUGAGCCGCUGGCGGUGCUGCUGGACUGCCUGUUGCAGGUCCUGGGAGUGCUCUUUUGCAUCUACUGUUUCACCAAGCAGGGCGUGUCCCACAUAAGAUCACUCUGCCAAGAGAUCUUAUUAUGGAUUCUGGGGAAGCUGGAAAGGAAGAAGGCGGUUGCCAGCCUGAAAGGGUUUGCAGGACUGGACAAGGCUGCGCCCUCACUGCACCCUCUGUGUCAGUUUCGUGCUGCCACGCAAGGUGGCAUCAUGGUUAUCAUCAAGGAGACACUUAGUGAUGAAGAGGAGGAUGAAGCCCUGUUCCAGAAGGUGACCUCUGAGCAGAGCCAGGUGGAGCAUCUCAGCGACCUGCUGUCCCACUGCCAGCAGUGUGGUUUGGCAGGGGACUUCUUCAUCUUGUGUCUGCAGGAAUUGACUCAUGUGGCAGAGGAGAAUGAAGCAGAGUUCAAAACCCAGCCCUCCCCUAGCCAGAGCCUCUUGGAGUUGGAGCAGCAGCGGACACUGCUUGUGGAAGGGCAGGAGCGGAAGCUGCUGGUCCUGCAGCUGGUGGCAGUUCUGUGCGAGAGGAUGUCGGAGCAGAUAUUCACCAACAUCACUCAGGUGGUGGACUUCGUAGCAGCCACACUGCAGAGAGCCUGCGCCAGCUUGGCCCAUGAAGCAGAGAGCGCUGUGGAAUCACAAACACUUAGCAUGGCCAUGGGGCUAGUGGCCGUCAUGCUGGGAGGAGCUGUUCAGCUGAAGUCCGGAGACUUUGUUGUGUUGAAACGGCUGAUGCCUCUGCUGGACAAGGUCUCCAGCUCGUUCCCUGACCCUGCCAUCCAGGAGCUCGCUACUGAUCUCCGUAUCACCAUUGCCACUCACGGAGCCUUUGCCACAGAGGCCAUCAGCGUGACUGCCCAGAGUACCCUGAACAAGAAAGAACCCGGAAGAAAACCAGAGGGGCAGCAAAGAACCAGUGGAGAAAGAGACGCCAGCAGUACCCAGAGACACCACGAACAACAGCCAAACCCAGAGAAAGUCCAGGAUUCAAGCCCAGAGGCCAGUGCUGCGUCUGUGCCUGAGGGGGUCGCUGAACCCAGCUCUACUGCAAAGCGGAAGCCCGGAGGUGUAACCACGGAACAGCUCCAGGAGUUGGUUUUAUCAGCCUAUGACCCUCAGAUUCCAACACGGGCUGCCGCCCUGCGCACUCUGUCCCACUGGAUAGAACAGAGGGAAGCAAAGGCCCUAGAGACGCAAGAGAAGCUUCUCCAGAUAUUCUUGGAGAACUUGGAGCAUGAAGACACUUUCGUAUAUCUGUCUGCAAUUCAGGGUGUUGCCCUCCUCUCAGAUGUGUAUCCUGAGAAGAUCUUGGUUGACCUGUUGGCUCAGUAUGACAACAGCCAAGGCAAGCACACACCAGAGACCAGGAUGAAAGUUGGGGAGGUGCUGAUGCGAAUUGUUAGGGCGCUAGGGGACAUGGUCUCAAAGUACCGGCAGCCUCUAAUCCACACCUUCCUGAGGGGUGCCAGAGAUGCCGACAGCAAUCACCGGGCCAGCAGCCUCGCCAACCUGGGAGAGCUGUGCCAGCGGCUGGACUUCCUGCUGGGCCCCGUGGUCCAUGAGGUAACAGCCUGCCUGAUCGCUGUGGCAAAAACAGAUCAUGAAGUUCAAGUACGCAGAGCUGCCGUUCAUGUGGUUGUGCUGCUGCUUCGAGGACUCAGCCAGAAAGCCCCCGAGGUGCUGAAGGACGUCCUCAAGGACCUCUACCACCUGCUGAAGCACGUGGUACGCAUGGAGCCCGAUGACGUGGCCAAGCUCCACGCCCAGCUGGCCUUGGAGGAGCUGGACGAGAUCAUGAGGAACUUCCUGUUCCCCCCGCAGAAGCUGGAGAAAAAGAUCAUGGUCCUGCCUUAGGUGUGGCUCAGGGGACAUGGAGGAGGCACGGGGGGACGGGGCACGGGGUGCUCAGGUCUUGCCUCGCGUGGCUGCUGCCAGAAGUGGCUUUAGGGUGUUGGUCACGGGGAUCUUCAGGCUGACACUCAGAGUGCAUCUGUGUCACCAUCCUGCUUCCAGCCUGGAACAUGUGCAGCUAAAAGAAGGAAAAAAAGAUGACAGCUCUUUCACCUGCACUUUCAUCCCUGUCCUGUAGCAUUCAGAGAACCAGGGAUGCUGAUGGGAUCUCUGGCUGUGGGGUCCACCCUGACUGGGGGGAUUUGGUCAGCAGACUGCUCCCCAGCCCCUGGAGGAGCACCAGUUAGCACCCAGCCUGGCCUCUGUUGUCCCCACACUCUGCUGUGCCACCCCGAGGUUUCCCUUCCCAUGCCGGUGAGAAUGGGCAGGGGUGUCACAGACUAGGGGGUGCAGGUGGAUGUGGGGAGAAGGGAGUGGACCCCAGAACGUGCAAAAUGGAAUAAAGUCAUGGCUGAAUCUGUGCUUCUGGGA